GGUCUCCCCGUCGGCGCCAUCAUGAACUGCGCUGACAACUCGGGGGCCAAGAACCUCUACGUUAUCUCGGUUAUCGGCUUCGGUGCCCGCCUUAACCGUCUCCCCGCUGCCGCCGCCGGCGACAUGGUCAUGGCCUCCGUCAAGAAGGGCAAGCCUGAGCUUCGCAAGAAGGUUAUGCCCGCCGUCAUCUGCCGCCAGCGCAAGCCCUGGCGUCGUCGUGACGGUGUCUUCCUCUACUUCGAGGACAACGCCGGUGUCAUCGUCAACGCCAAGGGCGAGAUGAAGGGUUCGGCCAUCAACGGCCCUGUCGCCAAGGAGUGCGCCGACCUCUGGCCUCGUAUUGCCUCCAACGCCGGCACCGUCGUUUAGACAGGGGGUCUUCCGUUGGGGUAUAUUGGUGUACGAUGCACGAGCUUCCGCCGACACAGGCAAUCCUACACUCUGCCAAUCGCAGCGAGGCGCGGAAUCAUCGUGCAUGCUGCGUACCGAGAGAUAGGAUUCAGAAAACGAGGGCAGUGUUGCGCGAAACCGGGGCAGAUGACCACCACAUCACCAAGAGGACAAGACGGUGAACAACCUGGGUCAGGUUCAGAGCUUCGUUAGGCCCCAAAUAAAGCCCGCGAUGCCGGCGAGAU